AUGCCACACGGAAGGAUUGCAGUCGAGCGCUUUCGCGAUGUAGAUUUGGUGCCCUUAGAAAGCGUUCUCCAGACGUGCGCGUUCUGCAACUCGUCCCGCAACGGGUCAACUGACACUGACAAUAUGGCGCCAUGCAAGCCCCACUUCCACUUUCAGAAUGGCGACUGUUCGAAGUGUGGAAUCUUCAGUGCUUGGUCUGAUGGAAAGACUGAUGUCUGUUACGUUCUGCCGCCCAAGAAGAUGGAACUUAUCACGCUCUUGAUAGGUGCUGCCGUCGUGGUCACGUUGACUUUCAUUGCCUUGCAGAUUUUGCAUGCUCCUUUGAUCAUCGUUGAUGCGAAAUCACAUGUGGCAGACUCAACACAAGCCGAAAGCAAGAAGAUUUUCAUGCUUUCCGUGCAAGGGCCGAUUGUUGAUCUACACAAAGGCAUGUCUCGCUUGGUGCACCGGUGGGUGCGUUAUCGGGCAAGGGGAACGGGGUUGAUAUGGCUAGACUAUGAGCAGAAGAAGUCCAACGCAGUCAAAGUUCAAAACACCGGAGACAGAAAGCUGUUGCUGAAAGACAUGAAUCCCCCUUUUGAUUGUGCUUCGUGCAAAGGUUCUUUGCACGCUGCUGAUUUUUUAAAGCUGCUCAGCCUGCUUGCUGCCUGCAUAUCAGUGACAGCUAUGCUACCUGCAAUCAUCAAAGUAGCAGUCAUCUCCGGAAACGGUGUGGGGCAUGUUUUCGUUACAGCAAUUUUUGUGACUCUUCCUUUAGUUGCUGCUGCUGCGCUGCUGCAUUUUCCGGUGGCAUGGCUGAUCCAGUGGCUUUAUCGAAGGACGCCAUUUUCACGAGCUUUGGAUGAAUACCGAAAGCAGAUCACUUGCAAAGAAGACACGGGGCCCGAUGCAGCCCAUCCUCGCAACCAGGGCUUGCAGGUCUUGAUUUUGCACGGCUUGUGGAAGCACUUCGAGAGCUUCAUUCUGGAUCGCAAUAUGCACUUUGUGGUUGCCAACAUAGUCAGGCCCCUGACGCGAAGCAAACAAGUUUCCUUUGUAACUCUUUGGGGUGGCAGGCAGCUGGAUUAUUUUGUGUCUCAUUGCUGGGGCGCCAACUUUUCGCACUUCGUGCGUUCCAUCCAGUGCCAUGCUCUGUCAAAAGAGGGCCCCACUUCUUGGUUCGAUGCGGCGUAUUGGAUUUGUUCGUUUGCGAACAACCAGUGGAACAUCGGAGCCGAACUGGGAAAUGAUCCAAUGGGAAGUGCCUUUGCACACGCAUUGACAUCGGGAAUAAAAGGAGUUGCGAUGGUCCUGGACGAGGAAGUGCAGCCUCUCACAAGAGUUUGGUGCUUAUUCGAAUUUUUCCUGUCCACCCGUGAGCGCUUGGAGUUGGUUUUCGUCACCAAUGCUGGUGUGGUGGGUGAUGAUCGCUGCAGCUCCUUCGACAUUGCGCUGGAGGUGGGUAAGAAGAUCAAGUCUCUGCAAGUAAAAUCCUUGGCUGAAGACCUUCGCCCACGCAUUUUGGAGCGUUGCCACGACAUCGAUGCCUCUGUGAGUGCUGCUGCGCUGCGCUGCGCCUGCGACUUGGCCAAGGCUGAGGUCCUCAAGGAGGAGGACUACGACCGCAUCACCGACCUUGUUUGGGACCCAGAGGCACUGCGCCGUGACGCAGCCUGCGUCUUUGUGAGCCGCUUUAUUCUGCAGGAGGAUAUCUUUGACCAGCCAAACGGAACAGCUGACGGCUCAGCUGCCAAAAGGCAUUUGCAGAUGCUGCUGGAUUUCCUCGUCGAAUUUGUCAAGCCCCACUUCGAGUUGACUGAGCGGCUCGUUGCCGCACUCUGGCGCAAGGCAUCGUGCUUGGAGGAUUGGGAUGCCAUGACCAGCCUUUUGCUUGGUGAUGGGGAACUUGCUGCGGAUCAACAUUUGGCCAUAGCCUUCCUGGCAGAGGCAACUGUUCGCGUGGCCUUUGAUGACUGGUUGGCCAACAACACUAUGGAAGCUGAGGCACUGCUGCAGCGCGCGGCUCGUGCCUUGUGCCCUCGAUUGCCUACCCUGCUGAGCACCUUCCAGUCUGAGAAGGCAGCUAUGUUGCGUACUGCAUCCUUGUGCAACUACUUGUUGAGAUUCUGCGCUCAAAGUCCUCCAGGCCCAACUGGUGGAUUGCUGGCCGGAAGCGCGGGAGAGCCAGUGGCGCGAGCCUUGCGCAGCCUAUUCCUGCGACAGACAGAUUUGGAGGCCCUGGAACACUUGGCCUUGGCUUGGGCUCAUCUACUUGAGCUCUGCAGCGGAGCCAGGCCCGUGUUGCACGAUUUGGUGAAAUCUCUCUACGACACGUUCCUGCAGCUGGCACCGUUGGUCGGGAAACCUUCUCAAGGACUCUUGGGAUGCAUGGUACCCAUGCCAGACACCUUACUGGCCACAGCUCAGCGACUUCGCAUCCUUGCGAAGGCUUAUGAUGUUUCUUUGUGUGAUGUGGAAGGCUUUGUGUCAACCGCUUUGAGCGUGGUUGAUGAGCGUGUCCAAACAGGGACAGUGGAACCAGAGCUGACAGUCACUCUGCUGGAACUCCUGGCCCUGAUCUCUGUGCGCCACGCCGGCCAGCUGAUGCAGCCACCCUUGCCAGCAGUGGCAGCAGAUGUUCGGGACGAGCGUCAGCUGCAGCAGGCGAGCACAGCAGCCGAAGAUCUAUUGGAACUUGCAACAGGCUUCCUGACCAAAGAUGAGGACCAUCGACUGAAGAGCGCUGCCUUUGGGGUUGCCCUGUGCACCUUGAGCGCCUGGUGGAACGCCGCCCACUUUGGAAAGACCGAAGAGGUGAAGCCUUGGUUCUGCCAGCUGCCAGAUGCUCUUCAGGAUGCUUUGGCCAACCACUUGGGGAAGUUGUUAGCGGAGGCCAAUCAGGUGCCUACCGAAAGUGUUCUGGUGUCUGGGAUGCCAGAGCCUGGGGACCUCCUCAAGAGCUCUGCAUUUUCCCAUCUAUUUGUUCUGUUGCAGAAGGGCGUGGCAUCGACAGAGUCUGUUCCUUCCGACGCCGAACGCAUUAAGACGGCACGGCUUUGCUGUUUGAUGGUGGCUACCUGUCGACAUGCGCAGGUCGCAGCCGGAAGCCUACCUUCUGUGGUCCUCUCCCAAGCACGCUCUCGCCGCGAGGAUCUGCAGCAGGUGGCUUGGACCCUUUUGCGUCGGCUGCGCAAAGAAGCCCAUGUGGGUCCCACACAAGCCGAGGACUUUUUCACAACGUUGCUUGCAGCUGUGAAGUUCUUGCACAAGGACCAAGGCACUGCCAUUGCCAAAGAUCUUUCCUUCAGGCUGCUGCAACACGUGGGUGUGGGAAAGCUGACCCCUCCGUUGCAAAAAGCGCUCCUCAACACCCUGCGCCGUGGGGUGGUGAACGCUGCUGCUGGAAGCGCCGCUGGCUUCUUGGAGGCCUUGACUCCGUGGAUCACGAAGCAUGUGGUAGAAGACAUUCUGAUCGACAACCUGGCAUCAUGGGCAAAGGAGCAGUCCAAUCAGGCACUGCAGGAGGCUGGGUUGGAGAAACUCUUGGAGGCGUGCGAGAAUACUGUGAAGAAACUUGAUCCUGAAUCGCCAGAGAAGCCAAGCAAGCGUCGCCGGAUCACAAAAGGUGGAAACAGAAAGACGCCGACUUCCACACAAGAGAUCAAAGAUGCCAUGGAGCUGCCGUAAGAUCUUGGAGGUCACUGCGAUGCAGCCCAUGAAGGGUCUCAACUUGGUGAAUGCAUGGAAUUUGGUACGCAUUCCCACAUUUGAGACAAGCUGAAACCACGAGGAAAAUCCAGAAAACUCUGGAUUCUCUGGAUGCCGGAAUCAGUUAGCGAUGUGGC